GCGCUAGCUGUGGACUGUCAGUCAGCAGUAACAACACCUUUGUCCAACAUGAAGAAAUGCGUGUUUUUAAUGGAAUCAUGUCACAAAUUGUAGUAUUGGUACAGUUGGUAUAUUUAUCCGACUGUAUACUGGCUCCAGUGCUUCCGUCACUUGUUUGUGAGAGCCCUGUACAAGCUACGUUAGCUAGUUAGCUUUAGCAAGCUAACAUAAACGUUAGCCGAAGCUACGUGGCUAGCUACUUCAGCUCACAUCACCUUAUUAGUGCUUCUGUUGUGAUGGAUGAUGAUUUUCUGCUCGCCAUUCGGCUUCAGGAGCAGUUUGACAAUGAAUACGAAACAUCAUCGCAUUCAUCAAACAGCUUUGAGGAGAAUGGCUUCGGACACAGUAGUAAGAAACGGAGAGUGGAGGUCGCUAGAGGUGGCAGCGAUGUUGUUCCCUACUGGAAGCCGACUGCCCAGCCCGAGAGGCCGCUGUCCAUCGUGGACGCGUCCUGGGAGACGCUGGACCCCAGUCCUGAUGUUAGAGCCAUGUUUCUGGAGUUCAAUGACGUAUUCUUCUGGGGGAAACUCUGUGGUGUCGAGGUUAAGUGGAGCCCAAGAAUGACACUGUGUGCUGGUGUGUGCUCCUAUGAGGGCCGAGGUGGUCUGUGUUCAAUCCGACUCAGUGAGCCCCUGCUGAAGCUUAGACCAAGAAAAGACCUGGUGCAGACCCUCCUCCAUGAAAUGAUUCACGCGCUGCUGUUUGUGACCCAGAACAACAGAGACCGAGACGGUCAUGGCCCUGAGUUCUGCAAACACAUGAACCGGAUCAACGAUGCUAGUGGGACAAAGAUUUCUGUCUACCACAGUUUCCACGAUGAGGUUGAUGUGUACCGGCAACACUGGUGGAAAUGCAACGGGCCCUGUCAAAACCGCAAGCCCUAUUUUGGGUUUGUGAAGAGGGCCAUGAACCGGGCUCCGUCUGCUCAGGAUCCCUGGUGGGAGGACCACAAGAGGACGUGCGGAGGGACCUACACCAAGGUGAAGGAGCCUGAAGGAUACGGCAAGAAAGGCAAGAAGGAUGGGAAGACCUCAGAGAAGAAGGCCUCGGGAAAAGAGAAGCCUUCAAGUACAACCACAGGCUCUGGAUCGCAGGACAUCAGGAACAUGAUUCCAUUUAGUGGCAAAGGCUUCCUACUCGGAGGAAAUUCACAGUCGUCCACGUCCUCCUCCCCGUCUCACACAGCGGUAGUACCUUCUUCUCCGAAGAAACUCUUCACCCCUCCGACUCUGGCUAAAAGUCUCAAGUCUCCUGAUAACAAAGGGAUCUCUAGCGCCUUUCCCUCCAUCAGACCAGCUCCCUCCAACAGGCCGAAGCCACCUAUAAAGAGGUCUGUCGGUAACACAAGAGCUUUUAUCAACAUUAACGGCUCGCCAGUGAAAAUCCCCAAACCCCACAGUAGCAGCCGGAGCCAAGAGGGAGAUAAAAUCAAACAGAGGUCCAUUGAGGAGCUCUUCAACAGCAAAAGCAUCAGGAGGUCAGCGAGUCAAUCCUCCACCUCAAGCACAGAAACUAAAAGAGAUUCUUUGACAUCACCGAACAUUACAAUGAGUGCGUCUGCAUCCUCCAUCUUCCCGAAAUGGCAAAAUAGCCAUUCAGCUUCCUCUCCCACAACAUCUGAGCCUAGCGAGGGUAAACCCAACCAUUCUGUAGUUUCAACAAAAACCAAAGGCAGCCCUGCUACACCAACACAGUCCAAGUAUUUUAGUCAUUCUGACAGCGACAGCACAUCAGGAGCUUCUGCUGCAGGUCAGGCAUCGAGGAAGAGGACGUGGGACGACCACAGGAGCUCAUCCAGCAUCAUUGACUUCUUCCAAAAGACAGUAGGCAGCGAUUCGGCAGCAUCGAGGGAGUCGAUGAAGACCAAAUCGCCCGCAAUGCAGCAAAGAACUGCCACGGCCUCCUCAUCCUCGUCUUCCUCCUCCCUCCAUUCCUCUGCAGGGCUGCCUAGUUUCCCCCCCCUCCUCUUCCUCGUCUUCCUCCUCCGCACUGACGGUCAGCUGUCCUGUGUGCCAAGCAAAGGUGGCGGAGUCAAAGAUCAACGAGCAUCUUGAUUCCUGCCUCUCGUGAGUGAGGAGGAGCCGAUCGGGACAGUGAGACGGAUAAAACCAACUUUAGAAAUGUCCAGAGAAGUUUCAGGGAAGUUUUAGUGAUUUUUAUCUGACGUUGAACCAAUCUCCUUUUGAGUUUUCUCAAUUUAACUUUGAGGUUAUAGAUAUUUAAGUGAAAUGGUUUCACUUUUGUUUUUGAAAAGUGUGGUUGGACACAGUUUUUACUACCUGACUGGAUUGUUUUCUUUGUGGUUCUUCUCUCACGCGUGCCUCUCUGACAGUUUGUGUACCAAGGCUGUGCAUGUGUGUAGAAAUCGUAGCCUCCUGUGGGGGCGGAUGUGUUGGCUGGUUCCUGUAGUCUGAUGUGUCAAAUCUAAAUGUGCUGCCCUUCAGACAGCCGGAGACACUCACUGACCUCUGCUGAUCUUUGGGAAUCAGAUUUCCAGCUUGCCAGCUCUUUGUAUCUGCUCAACAUCGCAUUUACACUGCAGGGUCAGGCUGGUAUCUGAUUGUGCCAAGUCAUUCAGUAAUACUGAUGGAUGGAUGGUUUGACUGUUUUUAUUUUUAGGGAAAGGAAUAAAGUACAAAAUGCUAAUUUUAUAGCUACAACAUUUUAGAGUUAUAUCUGUAUGUUCCACUUUUACAUAUAUGGUUUGAAGGAAAUUGUUAAAUAUGCUAAAAAUUUGUUGCCAAAUAAAAUAUUUAUACUGUUCGGAGUAUUUUUUGUAUGGAGCAUAAUUCAUUCCAGUAUCUAACAAACAUCUCAUGAUAAAAGCUCAAACUAUUCAAAUGAUAAAUGAGCAGAACUCUGUGCUUCAUCAGCUUUAAAGACUGUCAGUGUUGCCUCAAGCAGCCUCAUCGUGUAGAGUCUUGGGAGAGGGAAUCAAAAACCAACGACACCGCGGUGAUCGCCCUGAACUGUUCACAGCAGAAGGAGUUGUACUGGAGAGGGGGGGGGGCAGGCAGAAAGUGGGUGUAACAGAGCUGGUGGGGGAGGGCAGAGGUCAGACAGCUGGAGGCCAGCUGCUGAUCAGGACCACACCCUUCUGUCCGUGCAGGCGGAGCGAGGCCAGCACACACCCAUCCCAUUUCAAUCACCACAGUUUGCUGCUGCACAGAUCUCUGAUUACCAUUUGGCUGCACAUGCAUCACACUGUGAGGCGGAGAAUAGAUCCGGGAAUGAAGGCAUGUAUUUACUCUGGUGUUUGAGGUGACAAAAUGCAACGCUUAAAGAAGAAAAAUGUCUUGUCUUGUUUUGUUAUUUCCAACCUCAGGUGCUUGAAUAAAUAAGUCGUAUUUACGACUUCUGCUCUUGGAACUCAAUGGCUUACAAGUACUGAAAGCAAGAACAAGUCAUAUUCAACUUAAUGUUCACCUGAUGAAGGCUGACGGACCAAAAGGUUGUUAACAAAGUGAGCACAAGUGAGCCAACAGCGCACAUGAUUUUCUGCUUCUCACAGUCAAGAGUUUUUGAUCCCACACAGCUGCUGA